AUGUCAAACGUUUCACAGACAGGCCGACGGCUCUUCCGAUCUCGAAAUGCUUUGGCAUUGAAAUCAUAUUCACCAUGGGGAUCUAUCGCACGCCUUCACCAGCAGGGCCCGUCGCGCUCUGCUGUCGUCCACGACCGGGCAAUUCCCCAGGACCAAAGACAUGUACCCACCCCCAAGGGCUCACCAUUCCUUUCUCAUGCACAACAACAAAAAACCCCUACACCUCAACGUCCCCAGCAUGAAUCCACAACCAUCGACACCCUUGUUUCCCAAAUCCCCAUCGUUCAAACCCUCCGCAACACCCACAAAGCCUACAAAGAAACCCGUCCCCACCUCGUCAUUCCACCGACAAUCAGACAACACCAUUUAGUAGGUGGAAGUCUAGCCGGUCCAGGCAAGCUCGCCUUCCAGCCAUACAUGUGGACAUCAACAAGCAAAACAGAGACACAGCAAAGAGCCAGCAGCGUAGUCUCAGUCUUCCACAUUGGCCAAGACCUUUGCGGCCACCCCGGUUUCGUACACGGCGGUCUGCUCUCUGUCCUAUUUGAUGAGGUCUUUGCUCGCUGUGUUUCUGUUGCUUUCCCCAGUGGCCUUGGCAUGACAGCGAAUCUGAAUGUUGAUUUCCGGAAGCCGGCGCUUCCUGACCGUAUGUAUGUGCUACGUACUGAGACUGUUAAGGUUGAGGGAAGGAAGGCGUGGGUUGAGGGAAAGAUGACUUAUCUGCCGCUUUCUUUGCCUUCAUCUUCAAUUGACCCGGGCAGUAUUGUUCACGAUACUGAUUUGUUGAGUGAGGAGAAUGAGGGUGCUGUUAUGGUUGCCGAGGCUAAGGCUUUGUUUAUUGAGCCUAAGUUUGCUGAUUCCAUGGUGUCUAUUUACAAGAACUAG